AUGGACGAAAAAGCCGAACCGCAAGAGCGUAAUGCGCCUGCGAGUCCCAUUGAAGUCCCAAUUUCUAUACCAGGCGCAGAGACUUCCUCACCAUCAACUCUCCAAAACCACAAGCACAGCAUCCUCCUCCGCACCCUCCUCUGGACCCCGCCAAAUUGCCGCUACAACCCCACCUCCCCACCAACAUUCAGCAUCCCUCUGAACCUCCUCUUCGCCUUCGCGGGCACAUUCACCGUCGCGAAUCUCUACUACGCACAGCCACUGCUCGACCUGCUGGCAGAGUACUUCAAUGUCUCGCAAGAGCGCGCCUCGCUCAUCCCGACCUGUUCGCAGGCGGGAUAUGCCGCGGGACUGAUAUUCAUCUGUCCGAUGGGUGAUAUUGUCCGGCGAAGACCGUUUGUGUUGCUUUUGACGUUUGUCACCGCGACCAUGUGGAUUGGGUUGUGUUUCACAAAUAACUAUGGCGUGUUUCUCGCACUGAGCUUUUUGACUAGUAUCACUACCGUCACGCCUCAAAUAAUGCUCCCCCUAGUCGGCGACCUCGCCCCCGCACACCGGCGCGCAACCGCAAUCUCCAUCGUCUCUUCUGGCCUGGUCUUAGGCCUCCUCUUCGCCCGGCUAUUGUCCGGCAUAAUCGCCUCGACCUCCGCCUGGCGAAAUAUCUACUUCCUCUCGUUAGGUCUCCAAUACCUAAUCUUCAUCCUGCUGUGGGCAUUCAUGCCCGAUUACCCGCGGACAAACGACGACAUCUCGUAUUUCCGAAUCCUGGUUUCCAUUUUCGGGUUGUUUGGGAAACACCCCGUCCUCGUGCAGGCGACGAUCAUGGGGAUUCUCUGCUCCUCGGCGUUUACGGGCUUCUGGACGACGCUGACGUUCCUCCUUUCCGGGAAACCAUAUGAAUACGAUACAUUAACAAUCGGCCUCUUCAGCAUCGCAGGCCUAACACCCAUGAUCUUCAACCCGAUCUACUCGCGGUACAUCAUCGACAAGUACACGACCCAACUCUCAAUCACAAUCUCGCUGCUGGUAACAAUGGCCGGAAUCGCCAUUGGCGCAUACACAGGCCUGCACACCGUCGCGGGCCCGAUAUUGCACGCCGCCCUACUCGAUUUCGGGCUCCAGGCGACGAUGAUUGCGAACCGCGCGGCGAUCUAUGCUGUUGCGCCCAAGGCGCGAAAUCGCGUUAACACGGGGUAUAUGGUGGGUGUGUUCGUGGGACAGCUUAUGGGGACGGCGGUGGGGAAUCGGGUUUAUGCAAGUAGUGGGUGGGUGGUGAGUGGGAGUGUGAAUUUGGGGAUGGUUGGGGCGGCUUUGCUUGUUGGGUUGUCCAGGGGGCCGAGGGAGAGGGGGUGGGUUGGGUGGCAUGGCGGGUGGCAGUGGAGGAGGGGGGAGCAAGUGGCACCUCAGGUUAGGACUGAGAGUCAGGCGCAGCGGGGGCAGGAUAGGCAAGAGGUGGAGGGGGUUUGAGGCCAAAGUGCAGAUAGAUUGGACAUUCGUCGUGCACAGGGAACUUUAUAGACAUGGUAUAGGAGUCGUUACCCACGGGAGAUCGGGCUAUACGAGACAUAUGCACUCCAACAGUUUGUUGGGGUGAGCCGAUAGCCGUGAAUAUAGAGCGAUAGGUCCAUGCAAGAUUAGAAAUGGGUAAAUUGUGACACGUCAUUGACCGGUGUGAUUGCCCA